AUGUUCCACACUUCUUUCCACCUCCCAGUGGGUGGUUUGGUGAAACACUUCCCCCUCCGUCCGCCCUCACCGGAGACCUCCCCCCGUCUGCCCCUCCGGAGGAGUCAGAAUAGCCGUGCCCAGCGCCGUCGCGCCGCCACCGAUUGUGCCACGCAGGAGGAUCAGUGCCAUCCCAGAAAGAUUUUCAUUGGCGGCCUGGCCCACAAGACGACCACGCAGCACCUUCGCGACUACUUUGUGAAAUAUGGAGGGAUCGUCGAUGCCGUGGUCCUGCGAUGGCCGGAUGGACGCUCGCGUGGCUUCGGCUACGUGACCUUCUCGGAGGCCCAGGGUGCCCAAGGAGCUCUGAAUGAUGCUCAUCAGAUUGGUGGCAGACAAGUUGAUGUCAAAAGGGCAGUGCCUGGGACCAAUAAGCUCUUCGUCGGUGGCUUGCCACAAAACACCACGGCGGCAGAGCUCCGAGAGCAUUUCGAGGCAUUCGGUACUGUCUCGGAUGCAGUGGUCAUGAUAGAUCCAGCCACCAAUCGAUCUCGUGGAUUUGGCUUCGUGUGCUUCUUGCCGGGUCAGGAGGGUGCGGCCUCAGCUGCUUUCGCACUUGAGCAGUACGAGCAUCAUCGAAUCCGCGGCAAGUGGAUUGAGGUGAAGAGUGCGGCUCCGCCUCACAAGUUGGCCAAGGAUGCUGCCUCUUCUCCUUCCGCCUCUGAAGGUCCAUAUCCCAUGUCAUCUGCUGCAGCAUCACCCACAGCAAGCCCUUCAGCUGGAAGCUCGCAGGCCUCGCCGCACAUUAUGUCUUUGACGCAAGCGUUGAAGGUUCCACUUGCGGCACCCCAAGCUCAGGAACGACCAGUCGCGUCCCCGCAGAAUCGCAAUUCCCGCGUUCUUCGAAGCUUGACGCUGGUGGGUCCCGACAAGGCUGCGCUGGAGCCCCAAAAGGUGAUGUUGCCUGGCGCGGUGGGAUCUCCUCCGGGUUUGGGCGCCACCGCCGCGGCCGCGCUGGCGGCCAUGCGUGCCAUGGGACCUCCAGGGCUGGUCGACGAAGAGGAGGUCGAAGAUGAUCAGUUUGUGGGCUGGGAAGCCUCUGCAGCAGAGAGCUCCAUGCCGGCCUCGGCGGCUUCACCAGAGGGUGAACUUCAGAAGCUGGGUGAGAGGAGCACGGUGUUCUCCAACAGCAACGAGUUCCAGAGGACCUUAGAGCAACUUCUGCGUCUCCAAACAGAAACUGCCGAUGCAAGUCCAAGCAUGUAG